CGUGUUCACCCAUCAACGUGAAGGAGCAUCAACAACUCUAUGAUAUAUGCGUUUCAACAGCCGAUCUGGCAGCAGAUGUGUUCCAUAAUGUCAAGUGGUAUGAUCGCGGGGAUCUUCCGUAUAUGCAACAGGUGUACAGGAGAUUAGCCCCUAAUGCCCCAGAGACAUCGCACGGAAUCGCAAUGCGAACAGUGGAUGGUGGGUGGGAAAAGCAUCGUCGUCUGGCCAAUAGGGCAUUGCUGCCUCCCAAAGCCGUCAAUGCUUUCACUGACGAUAUGAACGCGUAUGCCAAAGUGCUCGUUAAUGGAUUAGCCUCAGAGUCAACAAAGGGCGCAAUCGACAUCAGAAAGCCCCUUAACGAUUACACUUUUUCUGUCAUCCUUAAGAUCGCGUUUGGGACUCGAGGAGAAUCAGUUCCUGAAAUCGCUGACGCCGUUCGUACGCUUUUCAACGUAGCUCGGACCCAUUUCCUCCUGCCUUCCGCCGCGUUAGAUUGGGAGAAAGAUCCCCUCCUGAGAGAUCUUCAUGAAAAAUUACAGUCUAUACGCAGGUUUUCAAUGGACAUGCUUAAGGAGAGGCGUGAGAUGAUGAAACGAUGUGAAGUAUUGCCAAGAGAUUUCGCCACGGCCAUCUUUACCGCGAGAGAUGAGAAAGAUGGAGAGAUGCUCAUGGAGGAGGAUGUGUUAACUGAUAGUAUUGAUAUCAUGGCAGCCGGCACCGAUACGACGGCGUCACUUUUGACCUUUGCCUUGUACGAACUCGCAAAGCCCGAAAACAAGAUGCUUCAAAUGCAGCUGUACAAGGAAAUUACUGAUACGAUUGCUACCGCCGACCUUCAGUAUGAUACCAGUGGGUCGAUGCGGCUGAUGACGGCAGUUUUAAAGGAGACGGCCAGGCUUUACCCUCCUGCUCCUAUCAACGGACGGGCUGCCACGGAGGAUUUCGAGUUUCAUGGCGUUCAUAUACCUCGUGGUGCAAGUGUAGUCAUUCUAAAUGAACCCAUCCACCGCAAUUCAGCACAUUACGCUCACCCUAAUAUGUAUUUUCCCUAUCAUUUCAUAGAUCAGAACAUCAACAAGGCACGUCAUCCCUUCGCCUGGAUUCCUUUUGGAGCUGGUGGACGCAGCUGCGUGGGACAGCGUAUCUCGAUGAUGGAAGCCAAAGUUGCACUGGCCCAUCUGAUCCGGGCAUUUGAGAUCGAAUUAGCUAGUCAUCGCAAUGGGAGAAAGCUGGAGACCGAAGCUGGUUUCACGAUUGCUGCUGUGGAGCCCGUAGAGAUUGUAUUUAAAGCUCGCAAGUAGAUCGCAGCAGACUAAUGUGCCGAUCGUUCCAAUGGGCGAGCAUCAGGAGAUUCAGAAUUACUUAGGUUUAUACAGUUACGAUUUAGCUUGUCAUUUGCCUGUCAAUAUGCUUCAUUGUAAAUCUAUAAUAUGACGGUCUGUUAAAAAGAUA